CGAUGGAGGACGAACCGACCGCACCCUUGGAGCAUAUGCAGGCACCGCAGCAGCAGGAGGGCCCGUCGACGACAUCGAAGCGUACCCUCGAAGAUGCCAUAGACGAGGACGAGGAUGAUGACGACGAUGACUUUGAUGACAUCAAAGUCGUCAAGAAGCCGCGCGUUGACGAAGGUGACGCCGUUCCAACUGGCGAUACUCCACCAGCACACGACAACACUGUUGCAGCAUCAAACGUGUUCGAGGGCAACGACAUGGACGGCACGCAUCCGCAGGGUGAAGUGGAACUGGCACAUGGAGUGGAAUUUGAAGCGGCAGCACAAGGGGAGGUUGGUCCUGUCAACGACGAUGCAGGACAGGUCUCCCCCACGGAACCUGCUUUCGAAGCUGUGGUCCCACAUGACGACGCCGCUCCUCCAUCGACCGAGUUCUCGCGCGAGGACGAUGUCGUUGAUGACACGAGUACAGACCACGACCCACUUGCCAUUGUCCCCGAGUCGACGACGACCGCUUCCGACAUGGAUCCGUUCGAACCCGUGACCUCGGACAGCGACAACCACCACGAAGACGAACCGCAUCAUGGGGAAACGACCACCACCGCAUCCUCCACUGGUUCCGCGGGGGACGCGUUUGGUCCCAGCGUCGUAGGGGGCACGUCCCCGUCGGUAUCGUCUGCCGAAGCCAUUGACGCAUGGAGCACGACGGCGAGCGAAGGCGCGGACGGACCGCCGUCACUCCUUCUUUUGGACGACACGGACGAAGGCCACCCCGAUGUCAAAGCGCCAGACUCCGACCAGAUCCUCCCCGUAGCCACCCUUCUUGCCCAGGUGCAUGGUCAUCCGUUGCAAUCUACCGGCCAAGGAGACGGACCCUUGAAUGCCGUCGAUGCCGUGGACCUGCGGCCUGCGGCGGCGGGACAACCAGACGACGACGUCUCGAAGACGCUCCAGGUGGACAACCAGAGUAUCCGUGAACAUAAUGACGUGUCCAUCGAUCAUGCCGUGUUGCCAGCGCCGCAGUCGCAGCAGCUAGCGCACUGUUCGACCACUAGCACCACCGAGAACCCCACGGCCGCAGCUACAUCAUUGCACGCAUUGGUUUACAAACAAGCAGAGGCGAUUACAGACAGCAAACACAAUCGCAGCAGCAGCAAUGCAUCGGACCCCACGCCCAGUACCAAUACCACGUCCGUGGAUGGUCGUCCAUCGAAAGCAGUCGCCACGACAGUUGAGGAAACCCCUGUUGGUGCUAUUACAUUGUCGAAGGGCACUACAUUCGAUAGCAGCAGCAGCAGCAGUAGAUGGAGUGUCCGCCCGUCGUCAUCUGACGGCACCACCGCCGCGCAAAGCAAACGGCCGACAGCAGACGGGUCGGUGGGAGGCGGCCUCUCGGACGUGGUGUGGACGCGGUUGCUCGACUUUGAGCACACACCCUCGGCCGAGUUUACCUUGUCGCAGCUGCACCCGUCGACUCUCGAUAUCAUCGCGACGUUCCCCGAGUUUGGACAGCUGGCCAUAGUGUCUCGGUUCACGCGGGCGGCCGCCGCGCCAUCCGUAGCACGCAACAAGGAUGCGCUGUUGCUGCAGAUUCUGCAAGAGUACGAACAAGAGCAGCCCGCGGUGCGGCAGCUGGCCGUGUUGUCGGCAGUAGAGUCGGCGCAGGAAGGGCACUUUGCAUAUGGCUAUGCGCCGCCUCAGCCGUCCACUGGUAUGGUGGCAAAUCCUCCUCGACGAGCAUACAACCUCGUCGCAGAGUUGCAGCAACACAAGGCCAAGUUUUUGUUGGACGAGUUUGGACGAGUCAAGACGACAGCUGCGGCGACCAGUACGAACCGCGUGUCGGUGCCCCACGUCCGCAGCAGCGGCAGCCACACUCCAACCUACCCAGAUGGCCGCAACCAGCCGAGCUACCAUGUCGGGGGUGGUCCGGCGCGAGGCGGGGGACGGAGCCGGUCGCCUGUACGACGACCUCCGCAAGAUCGAAGCCGCAGCCGCAGCCGCGACCGUCGUCGUCCGUUUGCGCCCCAUCAACCCCCGCCGCACCACGACGACGUCCGGUACCAGGAGCGAUACCAAGCCCACCAAUUGGCCCCGCCGAUGACUUCGCCGUACCAGCAGCAACAAGCCCCGUACCAGCAACAGCAGCAACGGUAUCCACCACCACAUCAACAACAGCCUCACUCGACGUACCAACCUCAUCACCAAGAAGCCCCCCGCGGCCAAUCCCACGCUCCUCCAUCCCAACACGAACCCUACUCGCGACAACCCCCUACAUCAUCAUCGACGUCUUACCAGCAGCCACCUUCCCGCCAAUCAUACCAGCAGCAAACCCCAGCAUCGUCGUACCAGCCGUCCCCAGAACACCGCCAAUACCACCACCACCAACAACAAGAGCAACAACAGCCACGACAGUACCAACAACACCAGACGUAUUCAGGGUACCAGGGGGAAAGGGACCACCCGCCUCGGCAAUACCCCCCCCCCCACCACCACCACCAGCAACAGCACCACCAACAGGCGGGUACUUCACCCUCCCAAGGAGGGGGCAGUCGGCCGUUUGGAUCGUCGGCUACGCAAUACCUCGUGGAUGAAUUCCGCCGGUCGGAGGUGUACCACCGGUUGGCUCCAUCCAUCCGCGACGCCCUUCAGGCUCUGUAUGCCAAGGGACAUGUGCGCGAACUGCUCAACGACUCGGUCUUAUCGCGCCUGGUCAAACUCCCAGAACACUUGGCGGUCCGCGCGGUGGAAAACUUGGGCAACACGGACGCCUCGCAUGUCGACAACAUCCACGGCUUCUUUGUCGGCAUCAUCUCGCGCGUGUACGAACGCGAUCGAGGUCCCCCGCCCGCCGCCUCUGGCAUGAUGCAGCCCCCCCUUGGAGACGACCGGUACUCGGACUAUUCGUCGAGCGCUCCUCGGUUGCGCGAGUCGAUGCCGCCGCCGCAGAAUCACUCGCGCGGACAGCAGCAGUGGUCGCAGAGCCCCGUGCACGACCAACUCAUCCGCGGCCUGUCGCCCCAAGUGCAAGCGCAGCUCCAGCACAUGGCGGCGACGGGGGUCAUGACGGCGGUGGAUGAGUGGGGAGAAAAAUGCUAUGAAAUUCUCGCGCAGCUGUCGGAGAGCUUGGCGAUUGAAGUGCUGAAGCGGUUUACCAUGGCCAACCUGGACACGGUGCGCAACCGGUCGGGGUUUUUGAUUGGUGUGGUCAAGCGAUGCCGCCAAGAGUACGGCCUCCAGCCGUAGUAGAUAUAUACAACUCACGUGACGAUAUAUAUAUAUAUAUAUGGUGAUGGGGGUUGUUAGAAUGAAAACUACUUGAAAUCAUACUUCAUGAAACGUCUUCAAAAC